GGGGUGACGCACCUCUCCCCCGCCCUCGCCCGCCCCCGCCACCUCGCCACGUCCGAACGACCGGGUGCUGUCGGGACGCUCCUGCUCCCUCUUCAUCGGCCUCCCCCCUCCUCCCCCCUCCUCCAGCCUCAUGAACCCCAGCCCUCCGAAGGCUGCGUGGUUGUCCGUGUCCUGCCUGGAGGACCCCUGGCCUUCAGGCGGGAAGGUCCCGCUGUAUUUGAUUAGACUCUGCAUGGCCGACACCUCUCCUCCUCCUCCUCCUCCCCCCUCAGACUCUGCCCCUCCUCCCCCGCUGCUUCCCCUUCUUCCCCCAGGGCGGUACAGGGCCGAGGCGUCCACGUAGCGCCUCUGCCCAUCCUCUCCCCUCUGGGGUUGGGGCAGGGGGUGCGGGGAACGUGUGUGUCCGCGUUGGGGUGCGUGGGGGUCGGACGGGGGUCUGUUGAGUCCGUGCUGGUUGUGCGAGGGCUGAGUGUGUGCGUGUUGUGAUCGCGUGUGUCCGUGUUGGGAGGCCAGAGCUGUCAUGUGACUGGUGGCGUAGUUGGCCAAUGGGCUGAUGGGGUUCCAUCUAGGCCCUUCCCCCAAACGGAUGGCAUGUUUGGGCGUGUCCCUGGGGUCCGGGCUGAACCCUGAUUGGCUGACGUAACCGUCUCGUUUCAGAGCCGAACCGUUGGAGCGGAUCACAGAGCCCUCCUCCCGCUCUCUCUGAUUGGACAAAUCACCAGGAAGAGAAGCGCGAGGGUCCAAUAGAGUCCUUCCAGGAAACCUGGAGACCCCGCUCUCUCGAUCCCUCUCCCUCUCCAUCAGUUUGUCCUGUUUGUCCCUGGCCUGCGAGGCGAUCUGGAUCGGGCCGACCCGCUCAUCAUAGACCUCCACAGAAGGCACGUAAGUGGGCGCGCUCACACGCUGUUCCCUGAUAGGCUCCCGGUGUGCAGGGUGGGUGGGGCCAGGGGGGAGGCUGGGGGGGGGAGGAGGGAGAGAGGAGGGGGGGAGUCCACCACUGUAAGUAGAGUCACUCUUCCUCAGCCUGUCUGUGUGUGUGUGAGGGGAGGGAGUGUGUGUGUGGGGGCUCGGGUUAGGGUUGGGGGAGCGAGUGUGUGUUUGGGGGCUCGGGUUAGGGUUGGGGGAGCGAGUGCGUGCGUCAUUAGUCUCUGGGUAGCGUCCGGAAGAGGGGGAGCCCUGGCGGGGGGGCUGAGGAGCAGAGCGGUAAUGGAGGAAAGCCCAAGCCUGCUCCCUGUCUCUCUCUCGGUCCCGCUCUCUCUCUCCACUCCUCCCUCUCUUCUCCUCAUCGUUCCUCCCAUCCUGUGUCAGGUCCACCACACUGUAUGGGCGGGGCUCCUCUCUCGACCGCUCCCUCUCCCCUCUGUCGCUCUCCCUCUCCUCGCGGUAGGGUCUGUCUCGGUCCCUGGCCCCCUCCUGGGGCUCCUCUCUCUCCCUCUCCUCGCGGUAGGGUCUGUCUCGGUCCCUGGCCCCCUCCUGGGGCUCCUCUCUCUCCCUCUCCUCGCGGUAGGGUCUGUCUCGGUCCCUGGCCCCCUCCUGGGGCUCCUCUCUCUCCCUCUCCUCGCGGUAGGGUCUGUCUCGGCCCCUGCCCCCCUCCCGGGGCUCCUCUCUCUCCCUCUCCUCGCGGUAGGGUCUGUCUCGGUCCCUGGCCCCCUCCCGGGGCUCCUCUCUCUCCCUCUCCUCGCGGUAGGGUCUGUCUCGGCCCCUGGCCUCCUCCUGGGGCUCCUCUCUCUCCCUCUCCUCGCGGUAGGGCCUGUCUCGGUCCCUGCCCCCCUCCCGGGAGCUCCUCUGGGGGAUGGAGCUGUGGGGGGCGGAGGGGGGUUGGAGGGGCGGCUGGGGUAAUGAAACAGGUAGGUAGAACCUUUCUGGAACACAAUAAAACACAGCAGAUACAGUAACACAGGAGUCCCAAACCGUUUGACCCCCGACCCCCACUUUGAUAAAACAAAAAUCAUGUGGUGACCCCCACCAUGUGAAAAAAAGUGGUGUAAUUAACAACCAAUGUUGAAUUUUUAUUGGGGCUAAGACAAGUCUAUUACAAAUCAAUACUUUUGACAGUAUUUCAAUCUGAAGACAGUAUGGUUUGAAGAGACUGAAAAUGCAUCAGACGGGUAUUGGUAAUGUUCAGAAGAUCGUCAGGUAAUCAUUAUGUAUGAUCUGUGGAGAACAGGUAUUGGUAAUGCUCAGAAGAUCGUCAGGUAAUCAUUAUGUAUGAUCUGUGGAGAACAGGUAUUGGUAAUGUUCAGAAGAUCAUCAGGUAAUCAUUAUGUAUGAUCUGUGGAGAACAGGUAUUGGUAAUGUUCAGAAGAUCGUCAGGUAAUCAUUAUGUAUGAUCUGUGGAGAACAGGUAUUGGUAAUGUUCAGAAGAUCGUCAGGUAAUCAUUAUGUAUGAUCUGUGGAGAACAGGUAUUGGUAAUGUUCAGAAGAUCGUCAGGUAAUCAUUAUGUAUGAUCUGUGGAGAACAGGUAUUGGUAAUGUUCAGAAGAUCGUCAGGUAAUCAUUAUGUAUGAUCUGUGGAGAACAGGUAUUGGUAAUGUUCAGAAGAUCGUCAGGUAAUCAUUAUGUAUGAUCUGUGGAGAACAGGUAUUGGUAAUGUUCAGAAGAUCAUCAGGUAAUCAUUAUGUAUGAUCUGUGGAGAACAGGUAUUGGUAAUGUUCAGAAGAUCAUCAGGUAAUCAUUAUGUAUGAUCUGUGGAGAACAGGUAUUGGUAAUGUUCAGAAGAUCAUCAGGUAAUCAUUAUGUAUGAUCUGUGGAGAACAGGUAUUGGUAAUGUUCAGAAGAUCGUCAGGUAAUCAUUAUGUAUGAUCUGUGGAGAACAGGUAUUGGUAAUGUUCAGAAGAUCGUCAGGUAAUCAUUAUGUAUGAUCUGUGGAGAACAGGUAUUGGUAAUGUUCAGAAGAUCGUCAGGUAAUCAUUAUGUAUGAUCUGUGGAGAACAGGUAUUGGUAAUGUUCAGAAGAUCGUCAGGUAAUCAUUAUGUAUGAUCUGUGGAGAACAGGUAUUGGUAAUGUUCAGAAGAUCAUCAGGUAAUCAUUAUGUAUGAUCUGUGGAGAACAGGUAUUGGUAAUGUUCAGAAGAUCGUCAGGUAAUCAUUAUGUAUGAUCUGUGGAGAACAGGUAUUGGUAAUGUUCAGAAGAUCAUCAGGUAAUCAUUAUGUAUGAUCUGUGGAGAACAGGUAUUGGUAAUGUUCAGAAGAUCAUCAGGUAAUCAUUAUGUAUGAUCUGUGGAGAACAGGUAUUGGUAAUGUUCAGAAGAUCAUCAGGUAAUCAUUAUGUAUGAUCUGUGGAGAACAGGUAUUGGUAAUGUUCAGAAGAUCAUCAGGUAAUCAUUAUGUAUGAUCUGUGGAGAACAGGUAUUGGUAAUGUUCAGAAGAUCGUCAGGUAAUCAUUAUGUAUGAUCUGUGGAGAACAGGUAUUGGUAAUGUUCAGAAGAUCAUCAGGUAAUCAUUAUGUAUGAUCUGUGGAGAACAGGUAUCGGUAAUGUUCAGAAGAUCGUCAGGUAAUCAUUAUGUAUGAUCUGUGGAGAACAGGUAUCGGUAAUGUUCAGAAGAUCAUCAGGUAAUCAUUACGUAUGAUCUGUGGAGAACAGGUAUUGGUAAUGUUCAGAAGAUCGUCAGGUAAUCAUUAUGUAUGAUCUGUGGAGAACAGGUAUUGGUAAUGUUCAGAAGAUCAUCAGGUAAUCAUUAUGUAUGAUCUGUGGAGAACAGGUAUUGGUAAUGUUCAGAAGAUCAUCAGGUAAUCAUUAUGUAUGAUCUGUGGAGAACAGGUAUUGGUAAUGUUCAGAAGAUCGUCAGGUAAUCAUUAUGUAUGAUCUGUGGAGAACAGGUAUUGGUAAUGUUCAGAAGAUCGUCAGGUAAUCAUUAUGUAUGAUCUGUGGAGAACAGGUAUUGGUAAUGUUCAGAAGAUCAUCAGGUAAUCAUUAUGUAUGAUCUGUGGAGAAAACAACAUGAUCAUUGAUAACGUUAUUUUCCCUCCAAUCUGAUUUAGUGCCUGGGUGUUUUCCAUUCUGUUCUAAUGUGACCUCCCGAGUGGCGCAGUGGUCUAAGGCAUCGCAGUGCUAGCUGUGCCACUAGAGAUCCUGGUUCGGAUCCAGGCUCUGUCGUAGCCGGCCGCGACCGGGAGACCCCAUGGGGACGGCGCACAAUUGGCCCAGCGUCGUCCAGGGUAGGGGAGGGAAUGGCCGGGCAGGGAUGUAGCUCAGUUGGUAGAGCAUGGCGUUUGCAUGGCGUUUGGUAGAGCAUGGCGUAGCUCAGUUGGUAGAGCAUUAGCGUCUGCUAAAUGACUAAAAUGUAAUGAGUCCUGCAUGGCGUUGCAGAGGAGAACAGAAAACGUGUGUUCCUGAGAGUCUGAUAUUUCAGUGAUGGGGUCAGAAUAUUAUUUCGGGGCUUAAACCAUUAAAAAAGACAGAGCCACAUUUUGAAGGAAGAAAACAGAAACUGCUGUUUAUUAAAAUUAAAUUAAAUUAAAAGUUCAAUUAAAAGGUUACUGACGUAACACUGCUUCUAUGAACCAAGCGCCAUUUUAUUUCAGAGUUCUCACGUGAACCAAGGCAGGCUUAGCAUGGUAGUGUGUGGUGGGGUGUCCUGACCGUUGGUAGUGUGUGGUGGGGUGUCCUGACCGUUGGUAGUGUGUGGUGGGGUGUCCUGACCGUUGGUAGUGUGUGGUGGGGGUGUCCUGACCGUUGGUAGUGUGUGGUGGGGUGUCCUGGCCGUUGGUAGUGUGUGGUGGGGUGUCCUGACCGUUGGUAGUGUGUGGUGGGGGUGUCCUGACCGUUGGUAGUGUGUGGUGGGGUGUCCUGACCGUUGGUAGUGUGUGGUGGGGUGUCCUGACCGUUGGUAGUGUGUGGUGGGGGUGUCCUGACCGUUGGUAGUGUGUGGUGGGGUGUCCUGGCCGUUGGUAGUGUGUGGUGGGGUGUCCUGACCGUUGGUAGUGUGUGGUGGGGUGUCCUGGCCGUUGGUAGUGUGUGGUGGGGGUGUCCUGACCGUUGGUAGUGUGUGGUGGGGGUGUCCUGACCGCUGGUAGUGAGUGGUGGGGUGUCCUGACCGUUGGUAGUGAGUGGUGGGGGUGUCCUGACCGUUGGUAGUGUGUGGUGGGGGUGUCCUGACCGUUGGUAGUGUGUGGUGGGGUGUCCUGACCGUUGGUAGUGUGUGGUGGGGGUGUCCUGACCGUUGGUAGUGUGUGGUGGGGUGUCCUGACCGUUGGUAGUGUGUGGUGGGGUGUCCUGACCGUUGGUAGUGUGUGGUGGGGUGUCCUGACCAUUGGUAGUGUGUGGUGGGGUGUCCUGACCGUUGGUAGUGUGUGGUGGGGGUGUCCUGACCGUUGGUAGUGUGUGGUGGGGUGUCCUGACCGUUGGUAGUGUGUGGUGGGGUGUCCUGACCGUUGGUAGUGUGUGGUGGGGUGUCCUGGCCGUUGGUAGUGUGUGGUGGGGUGUCCUGACUGUUGGUAGUGUGUGGUGGGGUGUCCUGGCCGUUGGUAGUGUGUGGUGGGGGUGUCCUGACCGUUGGUAGUGUGUGGUGGGGGUGUCCUGACCGCUGGUAGUGAGUGGUGGGGUGUCCUGGCCGUUGGUAGUGAGUGGUGGGGGUGUCCUGACCGUUGGUAGUGUGUGGUGGGGUGUCCUGACCGUUGGUAGUGUGUGGUGGGGUGUCCUGGCCGUUGGUAGUGUGUGGUGGGGGUGUCCUGACCGUUGGUAGUGUGUGGUGGGGUGUCCUGGCCGUUGGUAGUGUGUGGUGGGGUGUCCUGACCGUUGGUAGUGUGUGGUGGGGUGUCCUGACCGUUGGUAGUGUGUGGUGGGUGUCCUGACCGUUGGUAGUGUGUGGUGGGGGUGUCCUGACCGUUGGUAGUGUGUGGUGGGGUGUCCUGGCCGUUGGUAGUGUGUGGUGGGGGUGUCCUGACCGUUGGUAGUGUGUGGUGGGGUGUCCUGACCGUUGGUAGUGUGUGGUGGGGUGUCCUGACCGUUGGUAGUGUGUGGUGGGGUGUCCUGGCCGUUGGUAGUGUGUGGUGGGGUGUCCUGACCGUUGGUAGUGUGUGGUGGGGUGUCCUGACCGUUGGUAGUGUGUGGUGGGGUGUCCUGGCCGUUGGUAGUGUGUGGUGGGGUGUCCUGGCCGUUGGUAGUGUGUGGUGGGGUGUCCUGACCGUUGGUAGUGUGUGGUGGGGUGUCCUGGCCGUUGGUAGUGUGUGGUGGGGUGUCCUGACCGUUGGUAGUGAGUGGUGGGGGUGUCCUGACCGCUGGUAGUGUGUGGUGGGGUGUCCUGGCCGUUGGUAGUGUGUGGUGGGGUGUCCUGGCCGUUGGUAGUGUGUGGUGGGGUGUCCUGACCGUUGGUAGUGUGUGGUGGGGUGUCCUGGCCGUUGGUAGUGUGUGGUGGGGUGUCCUGGCCGUUGGUAGUGUGUGGUGGGGUUGUCCUGACCGUUGGUAGUGUGUGGUGGGUGUCCUGACCGUUGGUAGUGUGUGGUGGGGUGUCCUGGCCGUUGGUAGUGUGUGGUGGGGUGUCCUGGCCGUUGGUAGUGUGUGGUGGGGUGUCCUGACCGUUGGUAGUGUGUGGUGGGGUGUCCUGGCCGUUGGUAGUGUGUGGUGGGGUGUCCUGACCGUUGGUAGUGUGUGGGGGGUGUCUGGGUGGGUGGUGUGGUGUGAGUGGUGGGUGGGUAGGUGGUGGUGGGUGUAGAGGUGGUGGUGUGUGUGGUGUAGAGGUGGUGGUGUGGUGUAGAGGUGGUGGUGGUGGUGUAGAGGUGGUGGUGUGGGAUGGUGGUGUGUAUAGGUGGUGGUGUGGUGUAGAGGUGGUGGUGUGGUGUAGAGGUGGUGGUGUAGAGGUGGUGGUUUUGUGUUUGUGUGGUGUGGGUGUGGUGUUGGUGGGUUAGAUGGUUGGUGGUGUUGGUGUAGAGGUGUUGUGUGGGGUGUAGGUGUUGUGGUUGUGGUGUUUAGGUGGUGGUGUGGUUGUCAGAUGUUGGUUGUGUGUGUGUAGAGGUGUGUGUGUUGUGUGUUGAUGGUGGUGUGUGUGGUGUAGAGUGGUGGUUGGUGGUGUACAGCGUGUGUUGGGUGGUGUUAGGGUGGUGGUGUGUGUGCUGGUUGGUGGUGUGGUGGCGUUGGUGGUCCAGGUGGUGGUGUGUGUUGUUAGAGGUGGUGGUGUGUGAGGUGUGGUGUUGUACUGACCUUGGUUGUGGUUGGUGUAGAGGUGGUGGUGCGAGCCAAGCCAGGGAGGGGGGGAGUGAGGCUCAGGUUGACCCUAGGGGGUGGUGGGUGGGUUGGG